AUAUAUCGCCGCUCGCCUCGGGAGAAAACCAAAGGCUCAACUCUUCCUGCAAAUAAACCAUCUCUGAUUUAUUUCUCCAUGGCCGACAAAACUAGUUUAUUGGGUAAGCAAAAGCGAGAUCUAUCAUAUGAGCGGGAGACCAAAUGGGCUCUGAAAAAACACAAGGAAAGAUCCGAGGAGAAGGAGGUCAAAGCAAGGGUCGAGUUGUUGGAGACAAAGUCUGAGGCUAAUUUAAUUCCAGUUAAGGACACAGUGGAAGGACUAGAUGAAUCUCCCCAUUUUGUUGAGGGAGUUGCCGAAAGAAAAAAGACGCUCAUUGUUGACAAUAUUUCUGUCCAAGCCAAAAUACCAGACCUCAUCAAUUUCUUCAAAGAUGAUGGAAAAGUUGUUCGAGUUCGAAUAUUUGUAAACCAUAAGGGCUUGAAUCUUGGCUUUGGCUCUGUUGAGUUUGCUUCUGCUAACGAAGCAAAGACGGCGCUUGAAAAGAAGAAUGGAGAAUAUUUGCAUGGGGAGAAAAUGACUCUUGGCUUGGCAAAGACAACUCCAUACCCUCAAAGACCCAGGUUUUGCCUAGAACGCAAGGUUUGGUACAAAGACCACUUUCAAAGAGAAAGCUUUCCGGUAGACAAGGAGGAGAUACCUCCCCGUUUUUUUGAGGCAAUUGCAGGAAGAGAAGAGACGAUCUUUGUUGCCAAUCUCUCUCCCCAAACUAAAAUGUUACAUAUCAUCAAGUUCUUCAGAGUUGUGGGUAAAAUUUUAAGUGUCCGACUCAUUGUAGACCGCGAGGGUAAGCAUGUGGGUUAUGGAUUUCUUGAGUUUGCAAAUGCUUAUGAUGCAAAGAAGGUGCUGGAAAAGAAGAAUGGUGAAUAUUUGGACGAUCAUAUGAUUUUUCUUAAUGGGGCUAAGUCAGCCCCAUGUCCUCCACGACCAAAGUACAGCCUUGCAGAGAAGCUUUGGUACGAAGACUACCUUCUACGAGAAAGCUUUCCACUAGAAGAAGAUGAACAAGAAAGCCUUCCGACAGAAGCAGAUGAGACACUGGAAGAACAUGAUGAAACUCCCAAUUUUUUUGAGGCAGCUUCCAAUCCUUCCAUAAGACAAAAGACUCUCUUUAUUGACAAUAUGUCUUGCCAAACUAAAAUAUCCGACAUUAUCAAUUUGUUCAAAGAUGUUGGAGAAGUAGUUCAUGUUCGACUUAUUGUAACCAAAAUGGGUGAGCUUAAGGGCCGUGGUUUUGUUGAGUUUGCUUCUGCUGGAGAAGCCAAGAAGGCGCAAGAAAAGAAGAAUGGUGAAUAUUUGUGCGGUAAUCAGAUAACGCUUUGCGUGGCUGAGAAAGCUCCACACCUUCCACCACCCAAGUAUUGCAUAGAUCACAAGGUUUGGUACGAAGACUAUCUUCGAGGAGAAAGCCUUCUGAUAGAAGAAGAAGAUGCAAUGGAAGGACUUGAUGAUUUUUAUGAGGAGGUUUCUUUGAGAAAAAAGACACUCUUUAUUUCAAAACUUCCUGUCGUCUGUAAAAUAAUACGACAUAUCAUCAAUUUCUUCUAUGAUGUUGGAGAAGUUGGUGUUCGACUCAUUGUAGAUGACAUGGGUAAGCAUGUGGGCUGUGGCUUUGUUACGUUUGCUUCUGCUAUUGAAGCAAAGAAGGGGCUGGGACUGAGGAAGAAAAUAAGAGGAAUGGCCUGUGGUUUUAUUUAUCUUGACAAGCUUGAGAUAGCUCCAUACCCUCUCCGGCCCAAGUACAACCUUGCAGAGAAACGUUGGUACGAAGACUACUUACCACGAGAAAGGCUUUAUAUGGAAGGAACCGUUCGAAAGAGACAGUUUUGCGGUAAGAAGAUUACCUUCACUGAAGACGAUGAUUGAUAGAAGAUGAACCUUUUUGGUGUGUUUUUACUUAUGGUCUAGGUAAUUGUCUAUGUACGUUAAAAUAUGCCUAGUUUUAAAUAUUUUGGUGUUAAACCGUUUUCUGCCUUGAUUACAUUUGUUGUCAAAAUCAUGAGCCUUGAUUACAUUUGUUGUCAAAAUCAUGAUAUCUAUUUUUUCAAGCUAGUCUAAAUGUGAUGGGA